ACACAUUUAUAUUUACAGCACAGAAGAAUGCAAUACGUGAAACCCAAACCGAGCGCGAGAUGUUUCUGAACAAAGCGAACAUGGAGUUUAUGUCUGAAUUGAAGUCGACUUAUUGCUCAAACAUCGUUUUUGAGUACGUUAGUAAGUUCAGUAUCAGAAAACUAAAUCUGCAUUGGAGCGACUGCCAAGCGACAGGCUGACCGACAACACAAAGAUUGAGUGUGAUUAUGGCACCAUUCACCAUCUCCACACCUCACCCGUCGCCACAUCAAGGCUGUUUACCUCAGAAACCUUCAUUCGUCCAGUCUGAGAUGAGCCUGUUGUCCAGUAAACGUCAAGAUCUGUGUGUUAUUGAUCAUUUAAAAGCAUCGGUCAUGAAAAUGAAGCUGCAUCUGUGGCAGGCUGUCAACACCGUCCAGAACUACUGCGUGAGUGUAGCUCAGCUCCUCAAGUCCAAGAUGAUUUUCUUCAUUUGCGUCGGGAGAAAAGUAGCCAUGAUGGGCGUCUUGAAGAAAAGUGGUGCGGAGGCCCUGGAGAGGCCUGAAACCAGGGAUGAAGAGCGGGAAAUGAAGGAUCCGGAGAUGGAUUUGGAGGAAAAAGAGCGGGAAUCUUCAGGGAUUGAUGAUUUGGAGGGAAAAGAGCAGGAAUCUUCAGGGAAUGAGGAUGAGGAUGAAGCAGAAUGGGAGUCUGAUGAAGAGGAAGGUGAAGAAACUGAAGAUUCUGAUUGGUCAGAUGAUGAUGAUGAUUCUGAAGCUUCAGCUGAAAGUCUUGAGAUUUGGGAAUCGUUCCUCAAUAAUGGAGAUCCGUAUAAUCCUCUGAGCUUCUGCUCGUCUGUCAGCUCCAGAACAAACACACAGCCGAUCAAAACACAACCUUCUGCAGAUACAAGACUAGAAGAGAGUCAAGAGAAAACGCAGUCGAAGAACAGCGGGAAGAAGGUGUGUUUCAGCGAGCGUGUGUGUGUGCGCCCUCUGCUGGUCUGGAGUUUUGCGAGCAGAUCCGCGCGGGACGGUUCCUGCUGGCUGCAGAUGGCCAGAGACCGAGAGCGUUUCAGGAGGAGAGUUCAGACGCUGGAGCCCGUCCUCAAACCCUGCCUGAUGCCUGAACACAGAGCACGAGUCUGGGAGAGGCUGCGCAUCAAUACAGCAGCAUAAAAAAAUACAGUCUUUAAUGCCGCAGCUGGUGCCUCGUGUUUUUGGAGGAGCGCAUCGUUCUUGGUGCUUUUGAACACUGACUUCUUUUUUUAUAUAUAUAUA